UUGGGCAACGAGAGGUUAAAAGUAGCAGCGGUGCAUGCUGGGAGCGGAGGGCUGUCUGCCUCUGGGUAAUGUAGUUGUGUACACAGGAAAUGUCUCCUCUCACUGUGCACUGCUGCUCUGUCUCUGAUGGCUGCUGAACAUUUCGGCUCUGUCUUUGUCUAUCCGGCCACUUAAGAGCCCUUCGGAAUCUCCUGGAUGGACCGAGCUUCCAGGUAAUUCUGGAGAGAACCACACACACAAUCAACAGUAGGUCAUCUUUUUAUUGACAAUGGCUGAAAACCUUGAGGACAAACUCAGUGAUCUUGAUGUGAGACCUAAAAGCAGUCGCAGUAGAAGUGCGGACAGGAAAGAUGGCUACCUUUGGAGUGGCAAGAAGAAGUUGAACAAAAAUGGAUCUGAUGGAGAUGCUGAGACUGUGCCAGAGAAGGCAGAAGGUCCCUCAAAAAGCCAAGAGAGGAAGCCCAGUUGUUCAUCCUUUGAACUUGACUUGGACCGCUCCUGUGGACAUAAGCUGUUGGGGAGGUCUUUAAAGCAAAAACUGCAAGAUGCUGUUGGGCAAUGCUUCCCCAUAAAAACGUGCAGCAGCCGCCACUCAUCCGUAUUGUCUUCCAAAAGGAAAAUUCAUAUCAGCGAAUUAAUGCUGGACAAAUGCCCUUUCCCUCCAAAGUCUGACCUUGCUUAUCGCUGGCAUUUCAUCAAACGGCACACGGCUCCGGUCAACCAGUCCCAGAAACAGUGGGUUAUUAGGGAUGCUCCUAAAUUAGAACCAAUAGACAUGGCCGACCAGAGCUCGGAUUGUGGAGAGGACAUCUUGUCUGACGAGCCUCUUUUUUCUUGUGAGGCAAGCUGUGGUUCGGUGGAGUCCUUCACCAAGGUGGUGAGGAGCAGCAAGGAGGACAGCGAUAAUGACUCGGACGACGAGGUCCUAACACUGUGCGCCAGCUCAAGAAAGAGAAACAAACCCAAAUGGGAAAUGGAGGAUGAGAUUUUCCACCCUGCCACCCCACCUAAAUAUCACACGCAGAUAGAUUACGUCCAUUGCCUUGUCCCAGACCUCUUUCAGAUCAAUACCAACCCAUGUUAUUGGGGGGUGAUGGAUAGAUACGCAGCAGAGGCGCUCUUGGAAGGUAAGCCCGAGGGGACAUUCUUACUGAGGGACUCUGCUCAAGAGGACUAUUUAUUUUCUGUGAGUUUCCGACGCUACAGCCGCUCCCUGCAUGCCAGGAUUGAACAAUGGAACCACAACUUUAGCUUUGAUGCUCAUGACCCCUGUGUGUUCCACGCGCCCAAUGUCACAGGGUUGUUAGAACAUUACAAAGACCCCAGUUCCUGUAUGUUCUUCGAACCCCUCCUGUCCAGUCCCCUCCACAGGACAUUUCCCUUCUCCUUGCAGCACAUCUGCAGGUCCGUAAUCUGCAGCUCCACCAAUUACGACGGCAUUGAUGCCCUGCCCGUCCCGUCUUCCAUGAAACUUUAUUUGAAAGAGUAUCAUUACAAGUCCAAAGUGAGGGUGCGCCGCGUGGACUUACCAGAGCGGCAUCAAAAGUGAUACGACUCAUAUGACAUAUUUUUAUGCUUUGGUCUUUUGACCUGUUUUCUACAAGAAAGCUUGUAAUCUAUCACAAUAAACUUCCUAAGCCGCAAAUGUAUUAUUUUUGUAGUGGUAAAUCGAGGAAGUGAUCUGUAACA